GCGCUCAAUCUGAGGAAACGAAGCUCCUAUUUAUGCGCGCAUUCAUCACUGUGGCCAUAGAUUUCGAUGAGGGUUCCAGCUUUUUAUACCUAAAUGUGGAUCGCUUGUUGUUGGGAAACAGUUCGAAGGAAGAAACAUAUUCAAGCCCCCGGAACACCUGUUGCUGGAACGAGUUCGGUUGUGAGGGACAGGCCUGCUUUGUCUUGCCUUACCUUUGAUGGUCAAUUUAGUACUCCAUGCUCUUUGCUCGUGCAAUCGGAAGUACAUUUGGAAAUGGUCGAGUGGUUAAGCAGCUGCGUGACUUGAGGUUGGAGUUUCGGGAGCAGGUGUUGUGGCGUUUGUGGCGUUUGUGAGCAGGCUAGUGACAUUGGACUACAUGGGGGUGGAUUUAGUUGCGAUGGGGGGAUAAGAGAUGGAUCGCGCAUGUAGGCGAUGAUGCAGGAGAGGAGUCGGUAUCAUAUUUUGGAAGGACUGCUGUGCACGUAAUUGACAGGUAGUGGUGAUCAGUGGGUUGCAGAGCAGCCUCAAGCGUGAUUGGUUGUGGUUGUGUUCUUUGAGAUUUGCGGGGGCUCAUUGUUGUAGUUUGCGCGUGGCGCGAAGUUUUAGGGUUUGUUUCGUGAGGCGCACGAUGGUGUGAAGAAGUGGAAUACAUUUGACUUUAGGUAGGAUUGCAAGAAUAUCGUUCGAGUCUCACGUUGAUUGGGUAAUAGAGUCCUGAUUCCGAGUUUAUUGAAAGAGAUUACUCCAGUUGUGGAUGCAAAAACCUCACCACUUUCCAACCUGCCAGCAAAAGCUUUGUCGAAGAGGGGAAAUGUGAUCCAACAGUGAAGAAACUCCUGAUUUUGAGCAGUGCGGCCUCGACUCCCAAGGCUACCAGGAUGAGCAAUUCAAUGGAUUCCCCGAAAGAGACUGACUUGUUUGAGAACAUGGAGCUUCUUCAAGGAGGUUCAGACAAUGCAGCGUAUCGUCAGCUUGGACAUGCAGAGGAACAAGGAGACGACUUGGAGGAAUUCGAGAUUUUAGAGCGUCCUCUGCCUAGAUUUUGGCAGAGUCGGCGAUGUCGGUGGAUGGGACUCAUUUGUCUUGCCAUUGUGUUCCUUGGUGUUGCAGCUGUACUUCUCCAUUGGUUAGCUCCUUUAUUUUUAGACAAGGUUAUUAUACCAUUGAUGAUAUGGGAGUCUACUGAAUUUUCUAAGCCUGUUUUGGCGGUGGUUCUCGUAUGCUCACUUGCAAUAUUUCCCAUGUUCAUCCUUCCAUCAGGACCUUCCAUGUGGUUAUCAGGCAUGAUGUUUGGAUAUGGAUUAGGAUUCCUUAUAAUUAUGUCAGGAACUAUGAUUGGUCAGACCUUGCCCUACUUCAUCGGACAAUGGCUGUUGCAUGAUCGAAUACAGAUGUGGCUAACAAAGUAUCCAAAGAAGGCAGCCGUGUUAAGAGUUGCUGAACAAGGGGGUUGGUUUCAACAAGUUCGGACAAUAAUGCUGUUGCGGGUCUCCCCAUUUCCAUACCCCUUGUUCAAUUAUGUCAUCACUGUUACCAACAUAAAAUAUGGCCCAUAUAUCGUUGGUUCCAUUUGUGGAAUGGUUCCGGAGGCUUUCAUUACAAUAUACAGUGGGAGGUUAUUGUUUACACUGGCCGAGAUCAAACACAAGAACAGGCACAUAACCCCCCUGGAAAUUGCCUACAACAUUGUGGGAGCAUGUAUUGCGGCAGCAACGGCAAUAACAGCAACCAUAUAUGGGCGAAGGGCUUUAAAAGAACUGGAGCUCAAGGAAGCAGCGGAGCGAGAAGCUUCAGGGCAGCUUUCUCAGCCCAUGACAGAUAUUCUCUCGCAGUCACCGCCUUCUUUUAAGCAUCCUAUCACAUGGACGGGUAAUUCUUCAUCAGACGCCUCACAACCACUAGCACAAUCCCUCGAGGACUUCCCUCCUUCUAUGUCAGAGCUUCCUACACAUUCAAAGAAAUAGCUAUUUUCUUCUCCCGUAUGUGGAUUGCACGUUUGUUGCAAGUAUGAGGGGGCACGAGAUGUUUGCAUGCAAACCUUGUGCGACAAAUGAUUAAUUCAUCUGCCUCAGCAUUUAUUGCACAUGUUUGCCAUUCGCCAAAGCUCCGAACCAACAGCACCUACAAUUUGUGGUAGGACGAUUGUAUUGGGAUUUGUGUAGUCGAUGCAAUAGUUGAUUAGUUUUGGAGAUGGCGCCGAUCACAUAAACUUUUGUACAGCUGUAGACUUGAAAAGCCUACCACAAAUUUGUGUAGACUCUCCUAGGAAGUAUUUAGCUAUUAUAAUUAAUUUCAAUGUGUGCUUCAGAAUCCUUGGAAAAUUUCCACUGGCAUAUUAUGGAAGUGAUAAUUUUGGUAAAGUCCUUUUUUUACAAUUUUUGAA